AUGGCAGACGAAGUUCACUCCACGGGCCGCGGGGGCGCCGGCAACAUCGGCCACGACAGCACUGUCUACACGGAUGGCGACAUUGUUCGUGAAGGCGUUGUCGGCGAACCCGGCCACCCAGGCGGAGGGGACUACUCCUCUGGCCGUGGCGGCGCAGGCAACGUCGUGCCAUCGCCUCGAGCCACGCCUGUCCCCGAGGGCACUGCACACCCACCUCCCGCAGUCGUCGAGGCGGGUAGCACGGACGCAAUUCCAGAGCCUGCGAUGAGGCAGCAGCAUCCUGGCUACGAGAACUUCCACACUGGGAGAGGUGGAGGCGGGAACGUGCACAAGGACAAAUUUGGUGGGCAUACGAGCAAGCGGGAGCAGGAGGAAGCGGAGGAGAGGAAGGCGGAUGCGGACAAGGAUAAGAAGGGAGGAGGGUUCAUGGAGAAGGCUAAGCAUGCGAUGGGCAUGGAUAAGAAGAAAGAGGGUGAGACCUCGUAG